UUUCCGUGACGGACCGGUAUAUUCUUGGUAGCGCUACAAAUCCCUCUCGUAACCCGAUCGGGCGGCGACGCUUCAAGGGCUUUCUACGAUCGGCUUCUCCUCGUCUCUUACACUUCUGCCUUCGGUGCCAUGGCGGCGGGAAUCUUCGCUCGGCAAGCUGUACAGGUUCUUCGGAGACAAUCGGUCCAGGUUGGGCAAGCUGCACUGAUAACAAGAAACUACUCACAGUCAUUCAGAUCAGGCUCCAAAUCUCCAUAUAUAACCAAAGAGGAUGAAGAAGAAGAGAAGCUUGCUAGGGACAUUGCCAAGGAUUGGAAUUCUGUAUUUGAGCGUACUGUCAACACUCUCUUUCUCACGGAAUUGAUUCGCGGUUUAAAUUUGACAUUAAAAUACUUCUUUGAGAGGAAGGUCACGAUAAAUUACCCCUUUGAGAAGGGUCCCUUGAGUCCCCGCUUUCGAGGAGAGCAUGCCCUCAGGCGUUAUCCUACUGGAGAGGAGCGGUGUAUUGCUUGCAAGCUUUGUGAAGCGGUCUGCCCUGCAAGAGCAAUUACAAUCGAAGCUGAAGAACGAGAGGAUGGCAGUCGGAGGACUACAAGGUAUGAUAUUGACAUGACAAAGUGCAUCUACUGUGGCUUCUGCCAGGAAGCCUGUCCUGUCGAUGCUAUUGUUGAAGGCCCGAACUUUGAAUUUGCUACUGAGACUCAUGAAGAGCUGUUAUACGACAAGGAGAAACUACUCGAGAAUGGAGACCGUUGGGAAACUGAGAUCGCGGAAAACCUCCGAUCAGAGAGCCUUUAUCGCUGAAGUAUCUUCUUUCUUUCGACUUACCUGGCUGUUUUAAAACUUUCGCCAAGUGAAAUAAGGCACUAAAUUCAUGUAGCUUGUUUCACAUGUUUUCUUAUCAAGAUGCCUGAGUAAAACAUCUUGUUCGAUGGGUUUUUCUUUCUGGAAAAGCACGAAAGCAUGCUUUCUUAAAUUGCAGUUUUCAAUUGAUGAUGAAAAUUAUAAUAA